AUGCCAUGCCAAGCCCCUCCACCCCGCGACCCCGCGCCAGUCAUCUCCGCAUCGAAGGGUAGCACGUUAUCAUACGGUAGCAAUACGCCGCCUCAGCCCCUCUCGCUCAUGCGCACCGCCCCCGAUCUCUUUCUUCCGCUUUCGAUCAUGAGUCCCAAUGGCAACCACAGUCCAACCCCCGAUCACCCCAUCGCCCUCCGGCGCUCACACCUCCUCGCCCCGGCCCCUGACCGACUGACCAACACCCCUACCACCCUGAGCAUCACCCGUGAGAACACUCUCUCGGGGCGCGACUUCUCGGUCCACCAGCUCCGCAACCACGAACCCUUCGAUAGCCCGCAGCGGCGGACGCUGCUCUUCACAGUGACGGGUAAGCUCUGGAGCAACUCGCUGCACCGCUCAAUCCGCGAUGCGGCGGGGCGGCCGCUGCUGGAGCUACGACGGAUCUGGUGGCGCAAGCAGUGGAGCGUGAAGCGGGCCGGAGGCGCGGGGGACGAUCUGCUGAGCGUCGAGAUGCGAUGGGCGAUUGGGAUGAAGAUGGCAGUGCGGGUGACAAACGCAAUGUUGGCGGCCGGGCGACUCGACGAGGAGCAGCAACAGCAACAGCAACAGGAACACCAGCAGCAGCAACUGCAGCAACGGCGACGGCCGGGGAGGCGGGGCGGACGAGGGCACCCGCGGCGGGAACCGUCGCCGCCGCCACCCUACAGUGCGGCAAUAGCGGAGGCAGGCAGCAGUGAGAGCAGCAGCGGGCCUGGCAGCGGCAACGAGAGCGACGGUAGUGUAGAGUCGAAGGGGGACCAUGUGUUGCCGUCGUACGACUCAGUGCGGCGGCUAGGGAGCCGGCACUCGCUGCGGGAUCUGCUGGACGCGGUUGAGCCGCCGGCUGAGCCGGCACCAGCAUCGUCAUAUGCGUUUUUGCCGCAGCGGCGGUACUCGGAGGCGGUGGUGGAGGAGAAACUCGAACUGAAGGUGGAGCAGGUGAACAGCACGCUGGCCGGGGUAAAGAUGGGGGAUCGGCGGAUCAUCCAGAUACGGCGCGGAAAGGUAAUGGAUUUUACUCUAUCGGGCCCGUUGCCGCGGUGGGAGGUGGAGAUUGCGGAGGGCGUGGAUUUGUUACUGGCCGUCAGCAUUGUACUGAUCAUGGCGGAGUUCGUGCGGCAUGAAUAUCGGGUUCGAAUCAACAAUUGA